UCGGACGAGGAUCACUGGUUGCUCGUACGCAAGGAGACCUCGCCGCCGCGUCUCUCGCGCGCGCGAUCGACUCGGCCCGUUCGCCGUCGGCCGUGUUUCGAGCGACGUUUGUUUACCUGUACGGAAUAAAGCCAGUCGACGCGCGUAUGAAAUUAGAAUCUGUCCUACGGGGCUGCGUAGGUAUACGUGUGCCUCGUCGCCGCUGAAAAUUCAGUCGAACGUAGAAUUCCAGUCGACACGGUAUACGUUCAUGACAAAGAAGUCGGUCCAAGUCUAACCGACUCGCAACAACUGUGCGGAUGCUUCGCUAGGGUGCGCGUUCGCGAUGGACUUUUACAAAAUGAUGGAAAUCGAUCCGCCGACGCACUUCCCGACCAAGGACGACGAAAUCAAGUACUGGAUGGAAAUGGCACAGGAAAUGCAUCAGAGAAACGAAGCUACCGCGCUCGAGCUGCACGAGUAUCAAGAGAAUUCUCAGUUCUUGGAGAAAGAAUUGGAGUCGUCGUUUUGGGAAUCCGAUCAGAAGAAUCGUAAUUUGACUCAUGAAAAUGUCACGCUGACCGCGCAGAACGAGGAUCUUCGAGCGAAAUUGAAGGCACAGCUCGCCGCCUACACGACUCUGCAGAACGAGAUGCAAGAACUCAAAGCGAAAAAUAUUGAAUUAGUCAAUAAUAUUAGAAAAUUGGAGCAGAGAAACGAUGAUUUGGAGCGAGAUAACAGAGCGUUGAAGUUGACGGAUGAGGACAGGGAGACUCGGUACAACGACGCCAUUGAAAAAAUUGCGCUGCUCGAGACUGACCUGCUGGAAGAAAACUACGCGAAAUUUGAUCUGGAGCGAUUGGAAAGAGAAAACGAGACGCUGCGACAACGGAUCGAAAGCAUGCAGGAAGAGAGCAAAAACGAUUUCUUGCGGUUUCGCAAGGACAUCGAUCAGUUACGGUCGCCCUCGGAUCAUGCGCCCUGCAAUUUAACUCACUCCGCGUCUUUCCACGCGUCCACGGACAAUCGGAGCGAACCGGAAGUAAAACAAAGCAUCACCUUCACGAUAGACAAUUUUGUGAAACCAUCGCCGGCGAAAAGAAAACUGCCAGAGGACAUUUCAAUAAUACCGCAAGUUCACGGAGCGCCCAUGGGAAAGUACAACACCGAGGGCAGAGGCUUGUCGCAAGCUUUCGCGCGUUACAACCGACAACAGCAGGAAAUGAAGCGCAAUGAGCUGAACCAUAACGUCGAGAUGAGAACAAAAAAAGUUAAGGAAGAGGAAAAACGUCAGCGCAUCCUUUCGUCUUUCGUCAAGCGACUUCGUAGUGCGCGCAAUCAGCUUCUGCGUAGAAAUGAGUGAAAAAUUUCUACAUUCAUCCUAUUCAUCCAUUCUCGGUUAUGAUAAAAGCUUAUUGGUUUUUUUGUUAUGCCUAUCGCGAUAUUCCACGGUCGUCAAUUGACCGAACUCAUCAGUCCAGUUUUUAGUUUUUUAUACACAAAUCAAACGACACGAACACGGGCUUAUGUCCAAAGUUACAUAUAUUAUGUGCGUUGCGUAAACGUUUGCCAAAAGGUAUUUGAUUAUGUAAUGUCUUAAGUGUUUUAUUUUAUUUUUAUACAAUCGAGCGUAAAAUUUCUUUUUGCAUGAUUUUCAAAAUAAGCUCUUUCAAGUUCACUUGAUGUCAAAGUUUGCGUUUUGUAAGAUAUCGCUAGUACUUACUAUACGUAUUGAAGUAUAUAUAUAGAAAUUUUCGUUCAAGAGUUAAUCGCGAUAGUUUUAUAGAAUUGAUUAAAUUUUUAUUUAAUGUAGCUACU